AUGUCUCUGCUGACAGCCAGAGCCACGUGCCUGUUCGGUUGGAUCGUCAUCUUCGUGGUCAAUAUUGUUGAGUCGGUCCGCAUCGUGAAUCUGGCAGUGCCACGCUUAGUUCAGAACGGCACAACACCAUCGGUGGUCCUCGACUGCAUAUACUCGUACACCGAGGAAGAUCAACAACUCGUGGUGAAGUGGUUCUUCAAUCAGGACCCGAAACCCAUUUAUCAAUGGAUACCGGACUUGAGCAAAAGAGCUUAUUCGAAGUCGCGAGUCUUCGAUGGACACAUCAACAGAAGCUAUGAAGCGACAGAAGACCCAAAUACGAAGUUCAGGGCCCUAAAUAUCCUCCGGCCUUCAACGGAGAUGAGUGGAAACUACUCAUGCUCGGUCACAUCGCUCAUGGGACAGGACACACGAACCCAGGAUAUGAUCGUCUAUGCGAAACCGCGCAUAUUCGAUCUGUCCCUUUUGCGCGCCGAUCAUUCCGAGGAGACGCGCUUCCGAUGCAAAAUUGAGGGCGUUUUUCCCGAACCACUGCUCCACAUGUACAGGAUGGAACGCACGCAGAUAGCGGGCAGCGAGUACAUGACGGUCGACAACUUGACCUUGGUGAAUUACUCAGUCGAGCCUUUAGGACAUCAGAGCAUGCCUUCGAGGGACGGGUACCUCACCAUACUGACUACUUCGAUGCCGAAUAGACAUUUGAAACUGGGCCCGACGAAAGAUACAGCGAAUACGCAUCAGGCCAAUAUUGCGAGAAGACAUCUCUUCUUCUGCGUGUACACAAUCCCGUCUACGGACAUCAAACAGUCUCGAGUUCUAGAGUUGUAUCCCGAGAAAUAUAUGCUGGCGAGUUCAUCGGUGACGGCACCCACGGAACACAUAUCGAUCAGUUUGAGUUUGUGCGCGAUGUGCCUCAGAUAUUUGAUCGCGAAUCUCACCUGA